GCUCUCACCAGCUCUCACUCUCGUAAAUGCUUAUAGAAUACGACCCCUGGCGGUGGCGAGCAGUGCUGCGCACUUGAGCACAUUGUUGCCAAAUUUUCCCGCGACGAUUCAGCAGCUGUGCGGUGCGCGUCCUCUCACUUUCUAAAUAAUGGCGGGAGUCCUCAGGAGUUGCGGCGCAUGGAAUGUUGACUCCGUAAUUUCAUUCCUCAUCGUCGCCACUGGCCAACUGUGCGAUAAGGUGUUUGAGGUCAUCCAGGGCUCGACGAGAAACCGUAAAUACCUCAUCGCCGUCCACAAGUGCGAGUCUGUCUCGGAUAUCCUUCGCUCGAAACCGGAUCUGCACGUUGAUUUCGUUGUCUUCGCUUUCGACGGGAGAAUCAGCCAUCACGUGAGUGAGGUGGAGAAGAACAUAAGUCUGCUGGAUGAAUUUUUCAUUAUCUCGGGACGUGCUUGUCUUGUCAAUUGUUAUGGUUCACCAAAUACCAUGGGCUUGAUGGGCCACACUGCAAACAGGUUACGGGAUAGGUACUGUCUUCGGCUACUGUCUGCGAAUGUCUAUAACUCUGAGGGUCUUAAAAGUUUGGGGGACAGAAUUUUGAACUUGGCCGAAGCUUUAAUGGGUGUCAAUAGUGGAGUUCCUGACUUGAACAUGCUGACUUUACUGUGAAAUAAUUGACUGAAUUUUGCCUGUCUAUUUACAAAGGCACGUUUCAAUAAUGAAGAGACAUUCCACAAAAUCUCUGGCUUACGCCUCAAGCCAGGAGGACAGUGAAAAUGACAGUGAUGAGACUGAGUGCAGUAUCGGCAGCAACUCCACAGCUGGUACUCAUCGAAGCGAUACACCUACAAGAUCAGCUCGUUUUAAACGGAAAGGGCGUCGCAGGAGCAAAACUACCAAAGCCAAGCAGCCAAGUGAAAAAGGCUUGUACAAGUACUGCUGCAGUGUAAAAGAGGACCAUGGUCAGCCCCUCUUUGGUGUGCAGUUUAAUCACCACUUGAAAGAGGGAGAGCCCAUGGUGUUUGCCUCGGUAGGCAGCAACCGCGUGAGCAUCUAUGAGUGCCCCGAAGGUGCUCACAUAAGACUCAGGCAGUGUUACGCCGAUCCGGACCCUGAAGAGAACUUCUACACAUGCGCCUGGACGUACGAAGAGUCGGGCAAGCCGCUGCUGGCAGUGGCAGGUUCUCGCGGCGUGAUCCGCGUCAUCAGUCCGGUAACGAUGACUUGCAUCAAGCACUACAUUGGUCACGGGCAUGCAAUCAACGAACUCAAGAUCCAUCCUCGGGAUCCUAAUAUCCUGCUAUCAGCCUCGAAGGACCACGCGCUCCGACUCUGGAAUAUAAAGACCGACGUGUGCAUCGCAAUAUUUGGCGGCGUCGAGGGCCAUCGCGACGAGGUGCUCAGCGCUGAUUUCGACAUGAAGGGUAAUCGCAUCAUCUCCUGCGGUAUGGACCACGCACUUAAGCUCUGGAAUCUGGACAAGCCCGACAUGCAAGAGGCUAUCAAACAGUCGUACUUCUGCAACCCUACGCGCAACGGUCGGCCGUUCGACUCGGUGCUCCAGCACUUCCCGGACUUCACGACGCGCGACGUGCAUCGCAACUACGUCGACUGCGUCAAGUGGUUUGGCGACUUUAUUCUCAGCAAGAGUUGUGAAAACUGCAUCGUUUGCUGGAAGCCAGGAAGGCUCGAGGAUACACAGCUUCGCAACAACGAAACGAGUGCCACUGUACUGCAUCGUUUCGAGUUCAAGGAGUGCGACAUCUGGUUCAUCAGAUUCUCCAUGGAUUUUUGGCAGAAAACCAUCGCCUUGGGAAACCAGGUAGGCCGCACUUACGUUUGGGACCUCGAGGUCGACGAGCCCGGCCAGGCUAGGUGCUUCUCAUUGCAGCAUCCAAGGUGCACCGCUCCUAUAAGACAGACCAGUUUGAGCAGGGAUGGCUCUGUGCUGCUGUGCGUCUGUGACGACGCCACCGUUUGGAGGUGGAACCGCGAGAAUUAAGUUCGUUAUCUCUCCCUGUAAUCUUUUUGUUUUUAUACGUUGAUGUAUGCACGCCGCGACGACGAAUGGAGCGAGUAUACAGAAAUCAUAUUUUUCUAUGCUGUGAUCAUCGCGGUGAGCAAACUGAGUUUGCACGAUUGUUGCAGCAUACAAGCCAUUUUAUUUUUGUUGAAAAAAAGUAUAGGAUGGUCCAUACCAUACCUCUUAAUUGACGGUAGAGAAAUGAAUUUAGGACCUUCGCGAUAAUAUACAUUUUGAUGUGACAUAGUUUUUAACGUUAUCUUUUUGGUUGUACAGAUUUAGUAAUACAUAGGAUUUUUAAUACUUUUGUAUCUGAAAUACAGAAAAAUAAAAUUUCUAUGGUGGUACUGACUGAGCAGUUAUGCUAAAAUCUAUGUCACUAUUGUAUACAAAUAUUUUAAACUCAGUAUUUAUAAGUUAAAGUGUUAAGAAUCAAACUCCAUAAAGAUUUUGAGAUCUAAAUUUCUAAGCUGUAUCCAUUAUUUUAAACGUCUUGAAAGCAUGUUCACAUUUGCGGACUUGAUUAUUUGAAAAUAAUCGACUAGAGAAUAAUUGUAAAUAACAGAUACACCAAAAUUUGAACCAUGCAAUAUUUUUUGGCUGAACUUUUACUCGUGGUGCUUGAUUUUCUAUCUCGCACAUUUCUACUGGGAGAAAAUAAUUGCGAACGGAGUAUGAAAUAGCUAUUUCCACAAAUACAGUUGUAUUUUCGUAAUUUUUUUAUUAUAAUUAUGUAACACAGGGAAUGCAAAUAAAGCUUUUUUUGAGCAACUCUAUCUCACAAGCCAUAAA